UCUCCUCGUCUCCUCGUCUCUUCGCUUCCACUCCAGCCUCCACCAUGUCCACAAGGGUGACCCAGAAGACCUACAAGGUGUCCACCUCUGGCCCCCGGGCCUUCAGCAGCCGCUCGUACUCGAGUUCUACCGGCUCCCGCAUCAGCUCCUCGCCCUUUUUCCGGGCAGGCAGCGGCUACCGGCCUGCUCUGGGCAUCAACAUGAAUCUGGCCGGGGGCUACCGCGGGGCUGGGAAUAUGGAGACCAUUACAGCUGUCCAAGUGAACCAGAGCCUGUUGAGCCCCCUGAAGCUGGAGGUGGACCCCAACAUCCAGGCCGUGCGCAACCAGGAGAAGGAGCAGAUCAAGACCCUCAACAACAAGUUUGCCUCCUUCAUCGACAAGGUGCGGAGCUUGGAGCAGCAGAACAAGGUCCUGGAGACCAAGUGGCACCUCCUGCAGCAGCAGACGACGACUCGCAGCAACAUGGACAGCAUGUUCGAGAGCUACAUCAACGACCUUCGGCGGCAGCUGGACAUGUUGGCCCAGGAGAAACUGAGGCUGGAGUCGGAGUUUGGCAACAUGCAGGGGCUGGUGGAGGACUUGAAGAAUAAGUAUGAGGACGAGAUCAACAAGCGCACAGAGAUGGAGAACGAAUUUGUCCUCAUCAAGAAGGAUGUGGAUGAAGCUUACAUGAACAAGGUAGAGCUGGAGUCCCGCCUGGAAGGGCUGACUGAUGAGAUCAACUUCUUCAGGAAGCUGUAUGCAGAGGAGAUCCGUGAGCUGCAGGCCCAGAUCUCCGACACGUCCGUGGUCCUCUCCAUGGACAACAACCGCUCCCUGGACCUGGACGGCAUCAUUGCUGACGUCAAGGCCCAGUAUGAGGAGAUUACCAACCGCAGCAGGGCUGAGGCUGAGACCAUGUACCAGAUCAAGUACGAAGAGCUGCAGUCCUUGGCUGGGAAGCAUGGGGAUGACCUGCGUCGCACGAAGACAGAGAUUUCUGAGAUGAACCGGAACAUCAGCCGAAUCCGGGCUGAAAUUGAUGCCCUCAAAGGCCAGAGGGCUUCUCUGGAGGCUGCCAUCACUGAUGCUGAGCAGCAUGGGGAGAUGGCCAUCAAGAAGGCUCAGGCCAACGUCGCCGAAUUGGAGGCUGCUCUGAAAACCGCCAGGCAGGACAUGACCCGGCUGCUGAAGGAGUGCCAGGAGCUCAUGAACGUCAAGCUGGCCCUGGACGUGGAGAUUGCCACCUACAGGAAGCUGCUGGAGGGCGAGGAGAGUGGGCUGAUGAGCCCCGUCUAUGGGAAAGUCGUAAGCCCUGGCUUCAACAACUACGGCUUAAACUUCCAGUCCAACUUCAGCUCUGGCAGGGACUCUGGCUACUCCAGCCGCUCCAGCACCAGCUCCUCCAAGACCGUGGUUGUGAAGAAAAUUGAGACUAGAGAUGGCAAACUGGUGUCUGAAUCAUCUGAUGUCCUGCCCAAGUGAAAGGCCAGGCUACUGGGGUCCUUCCUGGCUUCCGACCUUGUGGGAAAGGAGCUGAGCAAGAGAGUGUUGGGCACAGGAGGUGCCCCAGUCCUCAGCCCACCCUUGGGGGAGGUGUCUACUGCCUAGGGGACCGCCUCUUACCCAUGCCCCCAACUAAAAGCCAAGUCAAGUGUUUUUUCCAAAAUAAAGUCUCAGCUGGGUAUACCAGCCCUACUUC